AUGAUAUCCACUACUGCUGCCACCGAGCCUGGAGAGAGACGACAAUGUUGGGAGUGUCGACGUCGUCGACUCGUGUGCGACUCGUCCCGACCGGCUUGUAAUAAGUGUCUUGCAGCCGGCACUGAGUGUCCGGGAUAUGGUAGUAAGAAACCACUCAAGUGGAUCACUCCAGGGACUGUCAAGUCUCGCAAUCGGGGUCGACCACCUGGAUCCGGAAAAGGCAGUACUUCUGCUGCCAAAACGAAGUCUAUGAGCAAGUCUCCGCAGGUGGAUAAUGCCAGUAUCUCUGUUGGCAGCAGUUUAAGUGCAGAGUCUAGCCUGACCACUAAUUGUCCCGAUGGGGCAAUUGACAGACUCAUCCAGGAGGCAGAAGCUGCAUUACAAUCAGAGCAAGACCCUUUGAACCCUGUGACUUUCCUCAAAAGCCUAGGAUUGGAAACAAACGACUUUUUCCAGUCUGUACUCUACUUCAACGAUUGCAUUUAUCCCGAUUUGGCAGUGAUGCACGAAUUGGUGCCGAAUCCAUAUCUCGCUCCUAUACCGAUGAUGGCGUUUCGUGAUACAUCCUCGUCUGUACGCCACACCAUUUGCUAUCUCACUCUCGGACAUCGCAUCCAGCAGCUAGCAUGGCAGCUGGAUGAAGCAGCCUUGGUAGAGGAGCGAUCUCGACUCUAUCAUCAUCGCGGUGAAGCAAUGCGGGCGUUGAGCGAGGACAUAUCCAAUGACCGGUCACAAUGUGCCACGCAGUUGAUACUCCUGCGUGGAGGUCUGAAGAAACUCGUGCGCACUUCAGCGAUGUUACGACCGUCACUUCUGUACUUCAUGAUCAUCGGCGUCAUGGGAAACACCACCAGUUCCGCAUCAGACCAGAUCCCAGCGACUUCGAACCUGGAUCUAAUCGAUCUAAUGGCAGAAGCCUACGGAGAAGGACUCUUCCCUGUAUUAUUCUGUCCACCCACACUCCUUCUCGAUAUCAUCCGGAUCAACCAUCUCCGAAUGCAAGGCUCCACCAAUCCCACGGAUGAGAUCCUCCAAACAAGCGCAUACACCUUACUCGAGCAGAUUCAGUCCUUCUCCCCAGAGCAGUGGACAGUCACAUCUGCAGCUCCCCGCGAUGAGUGGCAUAUCCUCGGCCGGAUAUACCAAUCUGCGAUACUCGUCUACUGUAUCUCGUCACUGCAGAGCGUAUGUCUCCUUCCAUCCAGCACCGAUCUGAAUAACAUGAAAGCCGCACAUGGGAGUCGACUUCUACUUCAGCUCCGGAAGGCGAUGAUGUCUCCUGCUAUUAAGAAAUGUAUGACAUGGCCGCUAGUCGUGGCUGGUGUGCAGGCUGUCAGUUUGAGUGCCACCGCUCGUACGUUUGUUACGCAACAAUUGACGGAGAUGAGUCUGGACGUGGGCAGUCCUAUUCCACUAACUGCUAGAGAUGUACUCAAGAAGUUUUGGGAUUCGGGGAAUACAGCAUGGGAUGUAUGUUUUGAUCAGCCUUAUGCGUUUGUAUCAUAA